AUGGGAAAGCACACUAAGACCGAGGUGAAGGAACACAAUGAUAUUAAGCAUUCUUCCAAACAUAAACAUAGACACACGCAUAGGAAGGAUAAAGAAGAAAAGGAAAAAAUAAAAGUAAAUAAGAAAGAAAUUGAAGUUCAUUCAGCAAACGCUUGGGAAGAUGUGCAGUUCGAGUCCGAGGCGAAGAAAGAAAAGUUUCUCCGUCUGAUGGGAGCACAAAAGGAACGUAAACAUGCAGGAACUAUUCAAAUUGGCGAAAAACCUGUCAAACAUACUCCUGCUGGAGUUGGGGUUGAUGAACUGGGCAAGAAUCUCGAGAAGCAAUUUACCGAGGGAUUAGAACACAAAGCUCCAUGGAAUCGACACGCUGGUUUGGGAUGUGCUACUGAAGGUUCUUCAUCUCUUCAUGAGAAUCAUUCUGGAGAGGAAGAAGGCAACGCUAAGUCCUCAUUGUUGAAAGGAAAGUACAUGACUUUUGUAAAAAGCUCAGACAAAUAA